AUGGCUAAUGCUAAAAACAGGAGAUGCAAAAUUACAAAAUUGGAGGUGGAUAGGGUGGAUGUUUUUAAUCAAGAUACUAUAAAGGACGAGCUUCACAGAUAUUAUACAGGUCUUUUCAUUUCUUCUCAUUCAGUUAUGCCAUGUUUUGAUAAUUUAUCGUUUCCAAAAUUUGAUACUGCUCAUAAUAUAUGGCUGGAGACACCAUUUGAAGAGGUGGAGGGCUUCUUUGAGAAAGGAAUGGUGGAAUGGAGGUUAAAUGUUUAUUUUGUCAAGCUAGUUCCAAAGAAGGAGGACUCCUUAAUUGCCAAAGACUUCAUGCCAAUCAGUUUGAUUAGUAGCUUUUAUAUGAUUGUUUCUAAGGUUUUGACAGAGAGAUUAAAGGUUGUAAUUCAUAACUUGGUGUCAUAUUCUCAAGGUGCUUUUAUCAAGGAGAAACAGAUUUUGGAUGGUAUCUUACUUUCUAAUGAAUGCAUUGAUAGUAGAAUGAAGGCUUGGAAACCAGGUUUUCUAUGUAAGAUUGAUAUGGAAAAAGCAUUUAAUAAUGUGAAUUGGAAUUCUCUUUUUCUGAUCCUUAUGAAGCAUGGCUUUUGGUGA